UUAGGAAACAUUAAUAGAAAACAUUUAAUACAUGACGUAAUGUACAGGAUUAUUAAUAUUCAUUAGGUUAACAUCAUAAUCAUGAGCUGUUUUAAAAUUGAUUUCUAUUUUUUAUUUUCAUUUUCUCAUCAUACACAACAAUAGAAAUUAUAUAUCAUUAAGUGUUGUUAGUAAUUUCUAGCUUGUUGUUAUUAUAUAACGCACGAAAAAUGAAAAGAAUGGAAUUAUUGAAGAAUAUGAGUGGUUCGAUUCACGUCAAUAAAUUAUUGCUGUUUACAUUUCGUUAAUCUGUCUUCUCUCCUUUCAAAGCUUAUAAUGGUUUCUUUCACUUGAACUUGGUGGUACAUUCGAGUAUAUUGAACAACCUAUCAAAUGCCAAAAAAUAGCUUGUAUUAAAGUUUCUUGCAAAUGCAUGUAAAUAAUACAUAAUUCAUAAUUCUCGUUAGUACAAUUGGAAUGUAUAAAAAAUAUCAAUAGAUAUCUCAUUCAGUUCCUUAAAAUACUCAAUUUAUUGACUGUUUGAAGCUGUCGAAAAAUUGUCAUGGCUUCUUCAAAUAAAAAAUAAUGACAGUUUUCAAAUUAAUUCAGCUCUUGAACUGAUUUGAGCACUACCAAUCUAAUAGUUUGCCAUACUUCCACUAAUGAUGGACAAGUGAAUAUUCAAAAUGAAGCACCUGCAAACUGUAUAAAUCGAGUAAUCCGUACUCAAACGUUCACAACUGUGGGUUUUUGAUCGUUUGUUACAGUUCCAUUCAGGCUCAUGUGUUGAGUUUAAGUCUGAAUUGCAAACCUUAAUCUACCCUUUAUCAAACCCUUAUCUGGAACUUUCAUAUAUAUGGAGUAAUAACGUUUUAAUUUGUGUUGUUUCAUUCAUACAAUAUGAAGUAUUCAAUAGUAUUUAUUAUAAUUUUUGUUAUCAAACUAACUAGCGGCCAAAUCAAGCCACCAGAAUAUCAUUCAGCAUAUUUUCCAUCGCUGAUGAAAGCUAGUAAAUACUGCCUCCAGUCGAUUCUACCCCGUGGAUUGCAUUUGAGGAAGAAAACUGCUGCUCACUUACAUCACUCGUUCUACGAGCUCGGUCCAGUUACAAUAAGGAACAUUGUACCCUCAAGAGAGCCUGUAGUACUUCUAGUCGAAAACCUCAACGUAAUCAAAGAGAUUGAGUUCCUUGAAUGGAAUCCAGAGAGUUGUUUUGUCGCAAUACUGCUCAAUCCCUAUUUAUCACCAGAAUCAGUCUUAAAAGAAUUCUGGAAUCGCUUGAGAAUGUUCAGGGUAUUUGUGGUUUCGGAAGCUUUUCCAGAUACCAUUAUAACUUAUAAUCCAUUUAAAGGCGAGAUUCAUGAAUCUAGAGAAGUAAUACCAAUUGAUUUGAAAAAUUUCUGGGGAUUCAAAGUGAAUGUAGUUUACUUCAAUAGGAAUGCAUCAUUUGCUACAAUUAUAAAUGACAAGAAUCAGACAUUGCACUUUGGCGUCGAUGUCUCCUUGAUGAGAAUUCUUGAAUUUGGAACCAACACUACUUUUAUAUUGCACAAACCUGAAGAUGGGAAUCGCUAUGGAUGGGUGAGAGACGAUGGAACAUACGUUGGUACGCUUCGCGAUCUCUCUUUGCAUAAAGCAGAAUUAACUGCCAAUGGCCAUUUCAUCAAAGACUACGGCAAUAGAAGAAUUCAGUUCAGUAACCAUAUCUAUUCGGACAGGCUGUGUGCCAUUGUUCCCAAAUCUGCCAAGAUGCCUCAUCUUCUUGUUAUUGCCAAGUGUUUUCGACCGGAAAUAUGGCUUUCAAUCCUAGCAUCUUACAUAAUAAUCAUAGUCCUCAAAUAUUCAAAUCAUAAGCUCCAUCUGAAAAAGCAUUCCUCUCUAUCCAACAUUGCUAUAUCCAUUUUCCAGCAAGUAUUCAGUGCUCCUUCUUGCUCUCAUCUCCGUUUCCUUUCUGAUAGAAUUCUCCACUUAUCGGUUUUAUUUUUUUCGUUCAUCAUAAUCAACAUCUUCCAAGGGCACUUGAUCACCUCCCUCAAUGUUCCAUUCCACUAUCCUGAAAUUAACACAAUGGAAGAAAUUGACAGAUCAGGACUGAUUAUCAAGUCGGGCUCGAAUACGAAGGACAUGCUUACACAAGAUCCUAAACUCGAACCUUUAUCCCACAAGGUGGUUGAUCCAGGUCACAACCUUUAUAGUAAAAAUCAAAGUGCAGGAGUAAUCAGAUUUCAAAGGGAAAGCACGAUAGCUUCGAAGGUGAGAGAGCUUGUUAUUUGAUGGAACUAAUACCCUAUUUUGCUAUUUGAUGAAUACAAAUGGAGUAUUAGCAAUCUUAUCUUUUCUUACUCAUAAUAUUGUAAUAUUUCAAAUUUUCCCAAAUAAAUAUAAUAAUAGGUAUAAUUGUAUAAUUUUAAUUCGCCACCUAUUUUGUGACAGGAACAUUUUUUCAUAUACAUUUUAAUACUGUACCUGUAAUACAAGAAGAAUCUGACAACACACUAGAUAUAUAAAUUCAUGUAGUUAUAUCUAGUACGUUGGUAGUUUCUUUCUGAAUUUAAGAACGACUAAAUUUUUAUAAACCUCAGUCAGGAAUUGGAGCUAAUGUAAUAAUCUUCCAAUACAAUAUUUCUUGAGCUUCUCAAUGUUGAAAUUCAUUGUAGAGGGUGAGUUGAAAUUGAGCCAUAAUUUUUCAGUUUACCCUCUUUAAGAACAAUGAGAUUUACAGAUGGUUCAAAUUCUGUCUAGAAUAGCCAUUUUUAUGCUGUCCUAUCUCAUAAAGAAACAUUUGAUUUGAUCUUGCCAAUUUUUAAAAACAAUUAGUACUGGAAAGAUCAGACACCUGCAUUGCAUUAGUAAUUUCUAUAAUAUUGUAAUUUUGUUUGUUAUUCAUUUAACGUGAUAAUAAUCAUAAGUUCAUCAUCUACUUAUAAUUUAGACCAAUACAAUACAUGGUUUACUCCAAUUAACAAUAUCAAUGAUAUAUUAUUAUUAUUACAUAAUUAUAUAUUAUUAUAUUAAAAGCCAUCAGAUCUGUAGCUAUUAUAUGGCUUAUAAUAUUAUAAGUGAGUGAAUGAAUCAGUGCCAUUUCGCUUUUAUAUAAGAUAAGCUAUCAUAUUUUGUUUCUAUGCUCAAUUGUAGGCCUAUUCUUUUUAUAACUUAUUGGAUAAGUUUUAGAUAAGUUUGGAUAAGUUAGAUUAGUUUUAUUCUGUAUUUAUUAUUUAUGCUUAGAUUAUUUACAAUUACUUAUGCUUUCCUCAUACUUAUCAUCUUUCU